CCAUCAUUCUCUUGUUCCUCACACACGCUUUUCACCAAUCUAUCUAUUGAGAUUUUCUGGUUUUGCACCUUCUCACAUAAUGCCACAGAGAAAAGCUUGCAGUAUUGUGAAUGAGCCUCGUCUUGUGGCCAGGAAACUCUUGGCACGACCUCAGCAUGAGGGUGUUGGUGCUGUUGUUAGAAGAAGCAUAGGGAGGUUUGAGCUCAAGUACUUUGAUCCCUUCCUUGUGUUGGAUGAAUUCUCAGUUACUGCACCUGCUGGUUUUCCUGAUCAUCCUCACAGAGGCUUUGAGACAGUCACAUAUAUGUUACAGGGAGCUAUAACACAUGAAGACUUUGAAGGACACAAGGGGACAAUAGAAGCCGGUGACUUGCAAUGGAUGACUGCAGGGAGAGGGAUAGUUCACUCAGAAAUGCCUGCAGCUCAAGGCACCCAAAAGGGUCUGCAAUUGUGGAUCAACCUAGCCUCCAAAUAUAAAAUGAUUGAACCAAGGUAUCAAGAAGUGUUGAGUAAGGACGUAGCAGAAGCUGAGGAUGAUGGUAUCAAAGUUAGGGUAAUAGCUGGGGAAGCACUAGGUAUAAAGUCUCCAAUCUACACAAGAACCCCUACCAUGUUCUUGGACUUCUCUCUGAAACCUGGGGGUCACUUGCAACAACCUAUACCAAAAUCUUGGAAUGCUUUUGUCUAUGUUUUGGAAGGAGAGGGUACCUUUGGAAACAUGAAAUCUCAGCCUACAAACUCUCACCAUAUUCUUCUUCUUGGCCCUGGUGGGGAUGGUCUAGAGGCAUGGAACAAAUCUUCUAAGCUGCUUAGGUUCAUUUUGGUUGGAGCAGAACCUCUUGGGGAACCUUUGGUGCAAUUUGGACCCUUUGUGAUGAACAAUCAAGAAGAGAUUGAUCAAACCAUUGAUGAUUUUGAGAACUUUGCCAACGGAUUUGAGAAAGCAAGACACUGGAGAUCUGAAACCGCAAGUGAUCUUGAUUAUUGAUUUUACUAGCAUUAAUCAAUAGGAGAUUUGCAAAUUAGUCAGAGAAGGAAAAUAAAUGUUGCAAUCCCUUACAUAACUUAAUCUUAAAUUAAUGAAUUAGAUGAAGAAUAUAUAUUUUCAUGUUUUUCUUUUCA